GUGAACUCCUACGUCACAUCCGCUCCAGCAAUUCUGAAUCUGGAACCCGCGCGAUGAAAAGAGCGUUUGUGACUGUUGGGACCACCAGUUUCGACGAGCUCAUUGAGUGUGUGGCCGCUUACGACAGCCUCCAGAUUCUCAAGAGUCUGGGUUACAACCGACUUGUCCUCCAAAUUGGUAGAGGCACAGUGGUCCCUGAACCAUUCAGUAGUGAUUCAUUCACUCUGGAUGUUUACAGGUUUAAGGAUUCUUUGAACGAAGACCUUCAGCAGGCAGAUCUUGUCAUCAGCCACGCAGGUGCAGGAAGCUGUUUGGAGAGUCUGGAAAAAGGCAAACCACUUGUGGUAGUUAUAAAUGAAAAGUUAAUGAACAAUCAUCAGUUCGAAUUGGCAAAGCAGUUACACAAAGAAGGACAUCUUUUCUAUUGUACCUGCAGAUGCCUCACUUGUCCUGGAACUAGCUCUCCUCUUGCUUCUGCUUCUGGGAAGUGCCAAGACUGCAGCCCUGCCACAACUGCCUCCUGCCUAGACCUUGAGCUGUUUCUCGGAUACCUGCCUACACAAGCUCCAGCACUUGCAGCCACUACCUAUUCCUCCCUGCAUUCUGUGUUUUCUUCCUUUUCUCCCACCCUGUUCUUUCACCUCACCCCAUGCACAAUGCAUAAAGCAUGGAAAAAGUCCUGCGGCCAGAAGACUUUGAAUGAGGCCUCAAUGGAUGAAUAUUUAGGCAGUUUAGGGCUGUUUCGAAAGGUGAUUGCCAAGGAUGCCUCUUGCCUUUUUCGAGCUAUUUCCGAGCAGUUGUUUUACAGCCAGAUCCAUCAUUUACACAUCAGGAGAGCUUGUGUCUCAUAUAUGAAGGAAAAUCAACAAGCUUUUGAAUCUUAUGUGGAGGGAUCUUUUGAGAAAUAUCUGGAACGGUUGGGAGAUCCCAAGGAGAGUGCUGGCCAGCUGGAACUAAGAGCUCUUUCUCUAAUUUAUAAUCGAGAUUUCAUUCUCUAUCGAUAUCCUGGAAAGCCACCAAUGCAUGUCACAGAUAAUGGCUUUGAAGAAAAGAUUCUUCUCUGCUAUUCAAAUAAUGGCCAUUAUGAUUCUGUUUACUCAAAAGAAUUUCAAUCGACUGCAGGAAUUUGCCAAGCUAUAUUGUAUGAAAUGCUUUAUAAAGAUGUAUUUGUUGUGGAUGAAGAAACAUUGAAAACUGCAGUUAAUUUGUUUCGAAGUGGUUCCAGGAGAAACAGAAACCAUGCUUUGACUGGAAAUGUAGAAGGCGGUACUGAUCAGAAGAGCUCAACCCAGGAUAGAAUUGAAGAGUUAGGUGCGGUUUCCAGUGUCAAAAGUACACCAGAAGAGAACAAACAAGGAGCAGAAGAAUUAAAGUUUCCAGAAAAUCCAUCAAGGAUGCUCUUUCCUUAUAAGGUGCUGAAAGCUCUGGAUCCAGAAAUAUAUCGCAAUAUAGAAUUUGAUGCUUGGUUGGACAGUAGAAAAGAACUUCAAAAAUCAGAUUGCAUGGAAUAUGCUGGAAGACAUUAUUAUUUAGGGGACAAGUGUCAGGUGUGCUUAGAACCAGAUGGAAAAUAUUAUAAUGCUCACAUUCAAGAAAUUGAAAAUGAAAAAAACUCAGUAAUAGUUUUCAUUGAGGAAUUGGCAGAAAGGCAUGCAAUUCCAUUGGCUAAUGUAAAACCAAUCAACCAAGUGGCGCUUCUUCCUCCCUGGAACACUUUGUCAACUCGUAAAGGAAGAGGUUAUCAGUGUAUAACUGGAGGCUAUUUCCCGGAAAUAGAAAUGAGCAUGAAGCAACGGAAGAAGAUGUUCAGGAAAGUUCGAGGGAAAGAUGUUUAUAUGACCAUGGCUUACAACAGGGGAGACCUGCAUCUUCCCAGGAUUCAUCCUAGUAUGCAUUUUGGGCACGACCCACUGUUGUACUACUCACAGACAGCAGGCCAUAUUAUGUCGAGUGAACAUUUCUACCCUCAACAUUCAUCUCAAAGACAAGGUCGGGGAUGUGGGACGCCCAGGGAUUCAUCUCAAUUAAUAAAUAGGCAAAACAUGCCAAGUUCUAAAGUUGGGUUUUACGCUGGACCAGGUAGACGGUGCUGCCAGAGCUAUGAUAAUGUCUCCUAUAGGUCUCGUUCUUUUAGGCGUAGCCACCGUCAGAUGCAUUGCAUGAAUAAGGAAUGCCAGUAUGGUUUUCCUCCAGAGAAUGGCAUGGAAGAAACUGUUACAUUUUAUGCACUUGAAGAAGGGAAUGAGACUGCUUAUUCAACAUUACCUAGCAAUGGUGGAUCCCCUGCAAUGGUUCCUGCUUCUUCAGGAUACUGUAUGGCAAGCCAUGGCUAUAACUCAUGCAAACCAAGCAUGAAUUCAGAAGACAGCAAUGACCAGUGUGACAAUGGAGAAUAUCAUGGAGAUUAUCUUUAUUCUUCAGAACAAGGUUAUGAAACAUCCAGUGUAUAUACUACAACUGUAUCUACUGCAAACUUGUCUCUUCAGGACAGUGGACCAUGUUCUGUGCCUCAAGACACAGUUACCUCAUACAGCUAUCCCCAGAAGGUGUUAGAAAAUUCUACAGCAAUUACAGUUUCCUGGGAUAGCCAUAUUCCAGUUCCAGUCUUACCUAACUGCACAGGAGACAAUCAAACUAUUAGUACCUCUGAUGAUUCUGCACAGAAUGCCAUACAGCCUGUCUUUGAACCUCCACUUGAACAAGAUAGUCAAGAUACAAAAGUUUUGCAGUACUAUUUCAAUCUGGGAUUGCAGUGCUAUCACCACAACUACUGGCACUCCAUGGUCUAUGUGCCACAUGUGCAGGAGGAGCAGCCACAGCAGCUUCAUGUAGAGAAUUAUCCAGAUUGUACUGAGCAACCUCUUGUAGACCAAAGUGUUCCUCAAUUAUACAGUGAUGUAGCAAGAGCAGAAGACACACAGGCAGAAGUAUCAGCAAAUGAUGCUUUUCCAGUUGCUGAUGCUGUACCUGUCCCUCAUGGAGCAGUGUAUUACCCUGUAAUGACAGAUACCUAUGGGUCACCUUUGCCAGGUUUUGAUUCCUACAUUCCUGUUGCAUCUGAUCAUCCCAGUGUUGCCAUGUGGCAUCCAGUUGGUGCAGCAUAUGGUGGUUCUGCCCAAAUCCAUGGUGCUAUAAAUUCUGGGCCAAUUGGCUAUAUGCUUCUACCUAAUUCACCUCAUUAUACCCCUCAGAGUUAAGAUGUGGCAAUAUGAAAUAUUCUUUGCUGCCAUUUUUACUUUUACGUUGAUAAAUGUUUUGUAUUAGUUCUUUAGUGGUUUAGGUGGUAAGAAUGUUCAUUGAUGUAUGACUUUAAAAAUUAUUUUACUUUUGAAGCAAAAUAUUGCUUUAAAACAAGGGAAUAUCGCUUUGUGUUAUAAAUAUGAAUGUAUAUCUAGUCCCUGUAAUGAGCAAGUUUAUUGUAGGAAGUUUCAUGUUAGCCAGCUUGUGAACAUUGUAUUAACUGGUGGUGCCAAUCGAUAAAAGAGAAGAAAACAUAUAAGCAGUUUUCUUAUAAUAUGAUACAUCUUAAUCAACUAUUUACAAUUGAUAUGAUUUCUACUUUUCCAGAAAUUUAGAGAGGGAGAAAAACAAACAAGAGCCUAUGCUCUUCAAGUUUCUUUAAAAAUUGUAAGAACUGAAUUGCAGUCUGAUGUUAAUUAGUUUUGAAGGGACAUGAUGUUUUGCUUUACAUUUGCCACAUAUGGUAUUGUUUAAUACUGGAUUUACAUAACUGUCCUACUGCACAGUAUUAUAGUGUCCUUUGCACAAUUCGCAGUAAAUAAAAUUUAGCAUUUAAA